AUGGUUUGGGAGCAGUAUCACGUCUUCACGUCUUCCACUUACUUGAGUCAAUGUUUUCAUAUGAAAGAUUUGGGUGUUCUUAAGUAUUUCUUGGGGACUGAAGUGGCUAGAUCAUCUCAAGGAAUUUACAUCUCCCAGCGAAAAUAUGCUUUGGAUAUAAUUAAUGAGUGUGGUUUGUUGGGUGGCCGUCCUGUUUGCACACCUAUGCUUGAAAAUCAUAAGUUGGAAGUUGAUCAAGGGGAGUAUUUUGAUACACCCGAACAAUACCGUCGUUUGGUGGGACGUUUGGUCUAUUUAACUAUUACUAGGCCGGAACUCAUGUACGUUGUACAUGUUCUUGCUCAGUUUUUGCAUCAGCCUCGGAUGAAACAUUGGUGGGCUGCCUUGCGUGUGGUUCGUUACCUCAAGAAUAACCCGGGCCAAGGGAUUUUAUACACAGCUAACGGCGACUUGACACUAUCCGGGUAUUGUGAUUCAGAUUUUUCUACUUGCCCGAUGUCUCGUCGUUCUCUCUCAGGGUUUGCUGUCUUACUUGGGGGUUCUGUUAUUGCUUGGAAGACUAAGAAACAAGGUGUUGUUUCUAAAUCUUCUGCAGAGGCUGAAUAUAGAGCUAUGUCUUUCACUGUUUCCGAGCUCAAGUGGCUUAGUGCUCUCCUCUCUGAUUUUGGUGUCUCGGCGACAGAGCCCAUUAAACUACAUUGCGACAAUAAGGCUGCUUUACACAUCGCGGUUAAUCCUAUGUUCCACGAGCGUACCAAGCACAUCGAGCGUGAUUGUCAUUAUGUCCGCGACGAAAUUCAGAAUGGUUUUCUUCAAACAGCAUAUGUUUCUACCACUAACCAGCUUGCUGAUAUAUUCACCAAAGCUUUAGGCUUCCCAGCGUUCGAGUACCUUUGUUGCAAGUUGGGCAUUUGGGAUCUUCAUGCGCCAACUUGA